UGUUUUUGUUCAUGUUGUUGUUGUUAGCGUGAGCUAAAGUGUGAUAAAGAUAAAAGACAAACGAUAGUGGACUUGGCACGAGACGCGAAAGCGAGAUCGCAGCAUACAUAUAACAGUGCCAACUGUCAACUGUCUGACUGCCGUAGAAGAAGAACAACAGUAAGCAGAAGAAGAGGAAGAAGGCAACGAACACGACGACGACGACGACGACGACUGCGAACACUGGCAGUGGCGGCGUCUAUUUUCUGAUUGCCCCUUGAUUUAUGCCUUUUAGUGUGUUGCCUUUUGGCAUUUGCCUCAAAACGCGAAAUGCAUUAAGUGAGACACACACACAACACACACAAACAAAAACACACACACACACACAAACACACACAUACUAAUAAUGCCUGUGUGUGGGUGUGUAUGAGUGUCGCGCCACGCCGCGCCUUGUGCUUUAAAUUGUCAAAGAUCCCCCUCCACACCCACCCCCAACCCGCUUCCGUAUGUGCGCGCUUUGAACGUUGCAAGAGAUCUUCACGACAAUUGAAAAUAAGCGCGCGCGUUUAUAUAGAGGCUCAAAGCCUGCUACAUGCAUUUGUGUGCGUACAUCUCGUAUAUGUGUGGGUGUGCGCGUCUGUGUGCGCUUACUAAGGCUAAGCCGCAGAGGAUAGAUUGAGGUAGAGAGCGAGAGAGACGGCAACGGCGACGGCGACGGGGACGGGGCCACCAAGCCAGCAAAUCAACACCAUUGAAGUGGAAGCGACGACAGAGAUUGAGAUUGAGAUUGCGUUUCAUAUAGCGGCCGCAGCGCAGUUUACGAGUGUCCAUCACCACUACAACACCGUGCAGCAAUGGAAGACUAUUGGGGUCUUAGCAGCACUACGGAUAUAAAUUGCACACAGCCCGCCAUUGAUGAUUUCCCCAGAGAUCUAUUCACGGAGGCGCAAAGACAGUCCGGUGCUGUUGUACUUCAUGUUAUAGCCAGUUUAUAUUUAUUUGUAGCAUUAGCAGUAGUAUGUGAUGAGUACUUUGUGCCAGCUGUUGAGAAAAUAUGUGCAGCAUUAAACAUGUCCAACGAUGUGGCGGGUGCCACUUUUAUGGCCGCUGCCACAUCGGCGCCGGAGCUCUUUGUGAAUGUGAUAGGGACAUUCAUUACGGAGGGCGAUAUCGGUGUUGGCACCAUUGUCGGAUCGGCGGUGUUCAACAUACUCGCGGUCGCCGCCUGUUGCGGCAUCGGUGCUGGCAUGACUAUACCGCUGGAUUGGUGGCCACUGACGCGAGAUAGCAUCGCCUAUGGCGUUACGGUCGCCAUACUCAUCUGUGUGAUGCACGACGAGCGUGUCGAGUGGUAUGAGGCCCUCAUCUUGGUCUCCCUCUAUGCGGUCUAUUUGGCUGUCAUGUAUUUCGACAAGUCCUUUCAAAAGUGCGCCAAAGGUGGCGUUAAGCAGGCGCGCUCGCGCAGCCGCUCCUCAAACUGCAGCAUACACACAAAGAACAGCAAUGAAAAGGAACCAGAGCUCGUGGAAAAUCGCAUUUGCCAAAAUAUGGCCAGCAUUCAGUUGAAUGGCGGCUUAAACAACGAUCAGGCCAAGGCCAGUAAUACAACCACAACUACAACAACUACAUCAAUAACAACAACAACAACAACAACUGGAGUAGGUGGUGGCGGCGGCGGUGGCGGUGGCACUGGUGUUGGUGGUGCCAAUGUUGCAGCUGUUGGUGCCCCUGCUGUUGGAGCCAUCGCAUCGGUUGCAAUUGUUGAUAAUGCAGAUGCUGAGGCACAAUUAUCGGUGGCUGUUGCAGCGGCAGCUGCUACUGCUGCCGCUGAGGAGGUGGAUCAGGAGGGAUACUCACUCUUGACAUACCCCAAGGGAACCAGCUGCUUUGCCCAGUUCACCUGGAUUAUCAUCUGGCCCAUUCAUUUGCUGUUUCGCAUCGCGAUACCCGAUUGUAAAAAGGCAAAAAAUAACAAAAUCUUCCCAUUGACUUUCAUCAUGUGCAUUGUCUGGAUUGGUUCGCUGUCGUACGUUGUGGCGUGGAUGAUCACCAUAAUUGGCGAUACACUUAAGAUACCCGAUUCGGUGAUGGGCAUAACGUUUCUGGCCGCUGGCACCAGUGUACCCGAGGCCGUGUCCAGUGUGAUUGUGGCAAAGCGCGGUCAUGGAUCGAUGGGCAUUUGCAAUUCGAUUGGCUCGAAUACGUUCGAUAUAUUGCUAUGCCUGGGCGUACCCUGGCUGAUAAAGGCGGUCUUCUUUCCCAUACAGCCCGGUCAGAAUUAUGUUGCCAUUAACUCGGCCGGGCUGGAGUAUUCGGCCAUAACACUGCUGUCCACGCUGUUUCUGCUCUAUCUGACAUUCUCGAUGAAUAAGUUCAAGCUGGACACCAAGGUGGGCAUCGCCUGUCUGGUCAUCUAUUUGGUAUUUAUGGUAUUCGCCUCGCUCAUCGAGCUCAAUGUGUUCUUUCGCGUCAAUCUGCCAACCUGCGGACGAUCAUGAGCUGGAGCUGGAGCUGGAGCUGAAGCUGAAGCUGGAGCUGGAACUGGAG